AAGUCCUCUAGUGGGCGCUGUCGGGCCCCUGUGUAUGAAGGAUGGGGAGGAACCCUGAGCCCAAUCCCGGAGCCCCCACCUCACUCCCUGAUACAUGAGGAAAUGGAUGAACAGAAGAUCCUAGAACUCAUCAACAAGAUGAUGGAGCUGCUGACUGGAGAGGUUCCUAUAAGGUAUCAGGACGUGGCGGUCUAUUUCUCCAUGGAGGAGUGGGAGUAUGUAGAAGGACACAAGGAUCAGUACAAGGAUCAGGUCAUGAUGGAGGAUCAGCAGCCCCUCACAUCACCAGUCAGAUCCAGUAAGAAAACAGCACCAGAGAGGUGUCCCCGUCCUCCUUAUGAACAGAAUAUGGAGGACAUUACUACAGGGAAAGAUCUGAUCUAUAUUAAUGCUACAGACAUAAAGAAAGAAGAAGAGACAGAUUUGAGCGGUGAUGAGCAGUAUAAGGAGGUCAUUCCUACAGGGAAAGAUCUGAUCUAUAUUAAUGCUACAGACAUAAAGAAAGAAGAAGAGACAGAUGUGAGCGGUGAUGAGCAGUAUAAGGAGGACAUUUCUACAGAGAAAGAUCUGAUCUAUAUUAAUGCUCCAGACAUAAUAGUAAAAGUAGAAGAAGAGACAGAUGUGAGCGGCGAUGAGCAGUAUAAAGAGGACAUUCCUACAGGUAACUGCCCAGAUUCUUGUAGCAGGAGAUCAGAGGAGAAUCUUAUAUCUUCAGAUUAUAAAGCAGAUGAUGAUAUCACACAAGAUACAUAUGAAGAACAUUCCAUUAUCCCAGAUACACCCUCAGCCCUUCACAGCCAAGAUCUGUCAUCUCAUCCUUAUAUACAGGUCCUGUCUUCUCAGUCAUCACAGGAUGUUCAGCAAAAUAAUGGUUACAGAAGGAAUGAUGGACAUCAACGAGCUCAUACAGGAAAGAAACCAUAUUCAUGUUCAGAAUGUGGGAAGUGUUUUACCCAAAAAUCAAAUCUUGCUAGAGAUAAGAGAAAUCACACAGGAGAGAAGCCAUUUCCAUGUCUAGAAUGUGGGAAAUGUUUUCCAGAAAAAGCAAGUCUUGUUAAACAUAAGAAAAUUAACACAGGGGAGAAGCCAUUUUCAUGUUCAGAACAUUCACAUCUUGUUGAACAUCAGAGAACUCACACAGGGGCAAAGCCAUUUUCGUGUUCAGUAUGUGGAAAAUGCUUUACUUGGAAAUUCGAUUUUGUUAAACAUGAGAAAACUCACACAGGGGAGAAGCCAUUUUCUUGUUCAGAAUGUGGCAAAUGUUUUACUCAAAAAUCACAACUUGUUGAACAUCAGAGAACUCACACAGGGGAGAAGCCAUUUUCGUGUUCAGUAUGUGGAAAAUGCUUUACUUGGAAAUUCGAUCUUGUUAAACAUCAGAAAACUCACACAGGGGAGAAGUCAUUUUCAUGUUCAGAAUGUGGCAAAUGUUUUACUAAAAAAACACAUCUUGUUGAACAUCAGAGAACUCACACAGGGGAGAAGCCAUUUGCGUGUGCAGUAUGUGGAAAAUGCUUUACUUGGAAAUUCGAUCUUGUUAGACAUCAGAAAACUCACACAGGGGAGAAGCCAUUUUCAUGUUCAGAAUGUGGCAAAUGUUUUCCUCAAAAAACACAUCUUGUUGUACAUCAGAGAACUCACACAGGGGAGAAGCCAUUUUCAUGUUCAGAAUGUGGGAAAUGUUUUACUCGGAAAGCAAAUCUUCUUAUACACCAAAGAACUCACAAUGGAAAGUAACCUUCCAACUUGUCAAAUGGUACAAAUACUAUGACUAUUGCAGUCAGAGUCACAAGAAAGAGCAAUAAACUAACAUUGAAAAAGUAUCCGUCCGAUCAGCAAUUGAUUGCUCCAAGCCUGAGAUCCAGGCUUGAGCAAUCGACCGCCGAUAACACUGAUCCAUGCAAUGCUAUUUCAUAGUCCCCUAUGAGAGCUAUAACAUUGCAAAAAUUAGUUAAUAAAUGUGAUUUAACCCCUUCCCUAAUAAAAGUUAAAAUCACCCCCCCCCCUUUCCCAUUAAAGAAUUUUUUUUUUAUAUAAACAUAUGUGGUAUCACCGCGUGUGUAAAUGUCCGAACUAUAAAAUUAUAUUGUAAAUUAAACUGCUUGGUCAAUGGCGUACAAAAUAGCGUAUUUUUGGUCACUUUUUGUGUCAUAAAAAAAUAAAUGGU